AGUGAAGAACCUUGUCCUCGGAGUGUAGAACGUUGUCCUCAGUGUGAAGAACCUUGUCCUCAGAGAGAAAAACCUUAUCCUCAGAAUGAAGAACCUUGUCCUCAAAGUGAGAAACCUUGUCCUCAGUGUGAAGAACCUUGUCCUCAGUGUGAAGAACCUUGUCCUCAGAGUGAAGAACAUUAUCCUCAGAAUGAAGAACCUUGUCCUCAAAGUGAGGAACCUUGUCCUCAGUGUGAGAAAUCUUGUCCUCAGAGUGAAGAACCUUGUCUUCAGAGUGAAGAACCCUGUCCUCAGAGUAAAGAACCUUGUCCUCAUGGUGAAGGACCUUGUCCUCGGAGUAAAGAACUUUGUCCUCUGAGUGAAGAAACUUGUCCUCGGAGUGUAGAACCUUGUGCUCAGCGUGAAGAACCCUGUCCUCAGAGAGAAGAACCUUAUCCUCAGAAUGAAGAACCUUGUCCUCAAAGUGAAGAACCUUGUCCUUCUGUUCAUGUUCAGUGCCUUCUGUUCAUGUUCAUCUGA